AUGGACUCACUUGAUAGUAUUAUAAAGAAAAAGAAGGAAGAAAUAAAAGAAAUUAAGGGAAAUAAGAGAUGGCUCAAACAGUCAGAUUUGGAGAGUAAGAAAAAUACAGAAAUACAAAAAUUUUAUGAAAAUGAAUAUAAAAAGAAGAAAAUAGAAGACUAUGAAAGGUUAAAGAAAUUGAAUGAAGAACUAGAUGCAAAACAUAGGAAACAGAGCAAGGAUAUAGAGAAUGAAGAAACCAACACAAAAAUAACACUAACGAAUAAACAGAUAAUUGUUCUGUUGAGACAGCUUAAGGAACCAAUUAGGCUCUUUGGAGAAACUGAUUUGGAAAGAUACAACAGACUGAAGGAGUUAAAAAUAAACAAAAACGAGUUGAAAAUUAAUGUGCAAAAUGUGUUUGGCGAUGUUCUACGGGGCAGAUUAAAAGAAAAUUCUCUAGAUUUAAUUGAGGAUAAUCUAGAAGAAGAAAUCGAAAACACGAACUCGAAGAAGCCAGUAAAAUUGAAUGGAUCAACAAAUGAAAAACCAAGCGAUGAAAAGGGCCAAAGAGUAGACAAAGAAAAGGUCAUACAAGAUUGGAUUAAAAGCACAAUGAAGGAAUGGAAUGAAGAAAUUGAGAAUAGUGAUGAUAGCAAAAAGAAAAUAAAGCAAGCCACAUAUUUGCAAACGCACAAGGAUUUAAAACCACUGGAAAAAAAGUUAAAACAAAAAAGCCUGGAACCAGACGUGCUGGAUAAAAUAUACAAUAUUGUUUCCCGUUGUCAAGAGAAGAACUUCAAAGCGGCUCAUGAUGCUUAUAUGAUGCUCGCUAUAGGAAAUGCCGCUUGGCCAAUGGGUGUUACGAUGGUUGGAAUUCACGAGCGUGCGGGUCGAUCCAAAAUUUUUUCAUCCGAAGUUGCACACAUCCUUAAUGACGAAACUACAAGGAAAUAUAUUCAAAUGAUCAAAAGGUUAUUAUCCUUUUGUCAACGGAAAUAUUGUACCAACCCAUCAGAAGCAGUUAACUUGUCUACCAUCCACAUUUAA